AUGGGGUAAGGUUGCCGUCAUUUUCAGCACAAAAAAUGCUUUUUCUAUGACCUUUUUGACCUAAAAAUAAGUUUUCUGUAAACUUUUUGACCCAAAAAAUGCUUUUUUUAUGAACUUUUUGACCUAAAAUGCCUUUUCUAUGAACUUUUUGACCUAAAAAUGCCUUUUCUAUGAACUUUUUGAACUUUUGCAAACUUCUUGAUUAAAAUCUUUCAAACCUUACUUAGAGAUAAAGACCAGCGCACUGCGAUACCCACCACUGUAGUCAAAGGUAAACGAAAAUUGAACGAAGCCGGCGUUAAAGCCCUUACCGUAUUCGCCAGUCGCUACAGUAAGAUCGGAAUGGCAGGAAUCAAAGCCGAGUUUGAAGAAGCGAAAAAAGAAUGCAAACCCAUUCAAAAAUCAUUUACGUUUGUUGAAGCCACAAUACAUUCAGAAUUGAAUCGAAACGUCGAGACUUGUCCCGAUGUCAAUAGGUAACGUUUUUGAUUGAUUUUUGGUGUAAUUUUUAGAAUUUUAGGACUAGAAUGGCUCAUGUUAGACUAAUAAAGCCUAAUAAAGUAUACAAUUUGUUCAUUUCAGAGUAGUUUUAACAUGCAACGUCCCACCAAACACCGACUUCUACAACGCCAACUACAUCACCAUGCCCGAGUUUGAUAGGCCCUUCAUUGCGGCACAAACUCCCAUGCCACAUACGAUUAGUGAUUUCUGGCGAAUGGGUAAGUGUUACCUAAAGAUCAAUGAAGAAUUUCACAAAUUUUGAGGCUUCCAGUUAUGAUUUGAAAAAAGUUAGGAUUAAAAAUGUCUAAAAAACGAUUAUUUUAGAUCAACAGGGUCACCCCUGUGAAUUUUUUUCAAAAUUUUUUUUUUGUAAAAUUUAAAAAAAUAAUUUUUCAUGCUUACCUGAGUACUCCUUAUGGCUUUCGUUCCAAAUUCUGACCAACUUACCACCAAAGACCUUGUUUUAGUGUUCCAAGAGAACUGUUCCACCGUCCUGAUGGCCGGAAGUCCGAAAGAGAACGAUGCCGUCGAGUUUUGGCCCAAAAAAUUAGCAGACCAUUGCAAUUACAAUGACAUUUUUGUAAACACUCGACGCGUCGAUGAGAACUCGGAUUACAUCAUUUACAAGUUGGAGGUGUUGCCAGAAGGCUGUUCGAACUCGGUUUUGGUCAGCCUCAUCGUCUGUCUAGACUGGCCGGAGAACUCGAGACGAGCCGGACAUUUCCUCGGCUUUUUGAAGGCUUGGAAACAGUUUCCGUCAUUAAUGGUGGGUAGUUUUUGGUAUUUUGUUCAAAACUUGAUUUUCAUAAAAUUUUUAUGAAUUUCAAUUAUUAUUUGGAUGCAUGUGUAUAUCAAACUUUUACGAUUAAACAUGUUAAAUUUUUUUAAAAAUUUGCUUAUGUAAAACAAUACAUCAUUAUUUUUUAAAAGAGACUUUCUGAGACCGUGAAGCAUCCUGUAACAGGCAUGUGCACUAGAAAUUUACCCCCUGUUUUUAUUAGCUAAAUCGAUGAGAUAAACGGUUUUAAGAUAUUUGGUAAAGUGAUUUUGGUCAAAAUGCCGUUUUGGCACUUUUAUGCCAUUUUCUGUUAACAUACCGUUAAAAUUUACCAAAAACUCAAUAGUGCACCAAAUGUUCUUAAAAUUUGUGAAUUUACGUUUUUGACCAUGCCAAACAAUAUUGUAAUUGAAAAUUUUCUUCUAUCGUUAUCGUAACCUACCGUAAUCCGACCGGACAAUUAUAAAAGUGAAAUAUCUAAAAAGUUAACACGGAUCUUCACAGGCAAUUUUUGUAUAUUUAGAAUCUCCAUGAAAUUUGGAUCAUCAUAGGCUAUACCCCCGUUUCUAGUCCAAUGGGUUUUGGGGGGUUUUUGGUCGGUUCAAAAAUGACGGUAGCAGACCGUGCAAAACAUAAUUAAAAAAGUCUAGUAAUGCAUCAAACGCUUUGAAACUGUGCAUAGUUAUGUUUUUGCCGUUUUUUGAACUGUUAAGCCUUGUAACUCUUCCAUAGAAUUUUAAACUUUAAAGUACAUUUUUCAGGAAGUGAACGCAAAAGACCCUGUUGUUGUCAUAAGCAGGCUUGGGCAAGGAAGAACUGGUGCCGUUUUGCUGUAUCAUGCGGCCGCACUGGCUGUUACUCAAGGCAAAGAGAUUAAUGUAGGUUUUGCUUUGUUUUAUUUUAGGUUUUAGCUUCAAAACUUCAAGUACUUUGAAUAAUUUUGAUCUUUGCACCGUGCAAUCGUUUUUUAAUGACAAAACUAUUUUGACCCAACGUUUUUAAAUUUCCAAUAUCAUCACUAAAGCCUUAGCUAAAGCAACUAUUUUCAGCUAAAAUCCCUAUUGAAAUCACUCCGCAAACAACGCCCAGGACUAGUGGGCACGGCCGAUCAGUACGCGUGGGUUGUGAUGAACGUCCUCCUUUACUACAGCGUCAAAGUUUCGGGAAUACUAGCAUACACAACCUCCCUCAAACAUGAAUACGAUAAGAUUAAACUAGAAUAA